ACCCCGCCCCGACCAAUGGGAGCCCUCGCUCCGCCCUUUAUCGGCGACUCGUGGCUCGCCUCGCCCGUAUAUAUUAACCCUAACCCUAACCCUAACCCGAACCGUAACUCGCUCCGCGCGUUGUCCUUCGCGUCUCCUCUCUUCGCUCGCUGCUCCCCUGCUUCGGCUUCGAAUUCGAAUUCGGCUUCGUGGGCGUCGGGUGAGAGGUGGGCGUGGGCGAGGGAGCGGAGGAGAGGAGGGGGAGCGUUCGACGAGAUCGUCGACGGGGAGGUGUUCAAGUACUACGCCGAGGGGGAGUGGAGGAAGUCGAAUUCGGGGAAGUCGGUUUCCAUCAUUAAUCCCACCACUCGGAAGGUCCAGUACAAAGUGCAAGCAUGCACGCAGGAGGAGGUGAACAAGGUAAUGGAGGCAGCGAAGGCGGCGCAGAAGGCGUGGGCGCGGACGCCGCUGUGGAAGCGGGCGGAGCUCCUCCACAAGGCCGCGGCCAUCCUCAAGGAGCACCGCGCCCCCAUCGCCGAAUGCCUCGUCAAGGAGAUCGCCAAGCCCGCCAAGGACGCCGUCUCUGAGGUGGUUAGGUCCGGUGAUCUCGUAUCGUACACUGCUGAGGAGGGUGUCCGGGUACUUGGAGAGGGCAAGCUGCUUCUUUCUGACAGCUUUCCUGGCAAUGAACGCAACAAGUAUUGCCUUGCUUCUAAGAUACCCCUUGGAGUUGUUUUGGCAAUACCACCAUUUAACUAUCCUGUGAACUUGGCGGUCUCCAAGAUUGCUCCUGCAUUGAUUGCUGGCAAUGCUCUUGUGCUCAAACCCCCUACUCAGGGUGCAGUCGCUGCUCUUCAUAUGAUACACUGCUUUCACCUGGCCGGUUUUCCAAAAGGCUUGAUUAGCUGUGUCACGGGCAAGGGCUCAGAAAUUGGAGAUUUUCUCACAAUGCAUCCUGGGGUCAACUGUAUAAGCUUUACUGGAGGCGAUACUGGCAUUGCCAUUUCAAAGAAGGCUGGAAUGAUCCCCCUUCAAAUGGAACUCGGGGGGAAGGAUGCGUGCAUAGUGCUAGAAGAUGCUGAUCUUGAUUUAGUUGCUGCAAAUAUAGUAAAAGGAGGUUUCUCUUACAGCGGCCAACGAUGCACUGCUGUUAAGGUUGUCCUGGUGAUGGAAUCAGUAGCGGAUGCUCUUGUGGAGAAAGUGAAUGCCAAGCUGGCGAAACUCAAGGUGGGUCCGCCUGAGGAAGACUCUGAUAUAACCCCUGUGGUGACCGAGUCCUCGGCAAAUUUCAUUGAAGGCUUGGUUACGGAUGCCAAAGAGAAAGGAGCAACAUUCUGCCAAGAGUAUAAGAGGGAAGGAAAUCUCAUCUGGCCGUUGCUUUUGGAUCACGUCCGUCCCGAUAUGAGGAUCGCUUGGGAGGAGCCCUUUGGUCCGGUCUUGCCAGUGAUUAGGAUUAGCUCAGUCGAGGAAGGUAUCCACCAUUGCAAUGCCAGCAAUUUUGGGCUCCAGGGAUGCGUCUUCACGAGAGACAUCAACAAAGCAAUCAUGAUAGCCGAUGCAAUGGAGACAGGAACUGUUCAGAUCAACUCAGCGCCGGCUCGCGGACCUGAUCAUUUCCCCUUCCAGGGUCUUAAGGACAGUGGCAUCGGAUCUCAGGGGAUAACUAACAGUAUUAACAUGAUGACGAAGGUCAAGAGCACCGUAAUAAACCUCCCAGCCCCCUCUUACACUAUGGGCUGAGAGAUUCGAGUAAAUAUUAAUCCCUUUCUUAAAUAAAUCACAAGGAAUUCGGGAUCCUCUCUCUGUUUCCAGUUGUCUGCAUAUAUUCUGUUGUCCUAAUUAAAUAAGAUCAGAUAAAAAAGGGUCUUCGCUAGUUUAGAUAGUCGCCGUGUUUCUCUUUCUUAAUGCUUUACUUAUGCAAAGGAAGUUGUAUCAAGAAACUGAGGAUGAGCAUUUGUAUCUCUUUGUGUAUAAUGUAAUACGUUGUAAUAUUAUGUAAUGUUUAUAGCCCUGAUGUUGAAUAGAGGGCAUAAUAAUUGAGAUGAAUUUUGGUUGGUCAAA